UCCUCAUAACGUGGUUUUUUGCGCACGUCCUCCAACUCCCCCAGCGCAUCUAGGUUCCCAUUCUCUAUUUCUGACCAAUCACAGACCUUCCCUGAGUCGCCCAGGCUGAGCGGUGAUGGCGGCUGCUCGCUUCCCAUUGGUCGAGAGAGCAGAAUGUAAACACUUCUACCUUGCCGGCGCCAAAACUCGUGUUUCUCGGUUGAGUGCUCCUUAUAUACUGAAGCAUUUCACCCAAUACAAUGUCGAUCAAUAAGAAAUUGUUCUACGGUGAGUCCUCCAAGGAUAACUCGAAAUUUGUCUGUGUUUGGGAUGAUAGUGACUCAGAUCAAGACUCAGAUGACCUGGAUUUCCUGGAUAGUGAGGAUGAAUUCUUGCCACCAGAUGCAGAGGUGUCAACAGAUGAGGAGGAGGAAGCUGGGCCACCACCAAAAAAACAAAAAUUGAACAAGAGGAAGAAACGUAUUACUAUGGAGGAAUACCCUGAUGAAGAAGUGCUUCAAGAUGAUCUUGCUUCUCAAGGAGACACCAAAUGGAAGAAUGAGGACAUCCACAAUGACCCUUUGCCUAAAUAUGAACAUAUAAAGCCUGUUGAAGUUAGGUGUGCGUAUGAUUAUUUUACAGACUUUUUUACUCAAGACAUGAUAGACAACAUUACAUUUCAAACUAAUUUGUAUGCCAGGCAAAAAGACAUACAUACUACUUUUCAAACAGAUUCUGAGGAAAUGACUAGGUUUAUAGGUAUUCUGUUGCAUAUGGGUUACACUGUACAGCCAUCCAUUGAGGACUAUUGGAGAAGUGCAAGUAGGAUAACUCAAGUUGCAGAAGUCAUGGGAUCAAAGAGGUUUAGGUUGCUGAGGCGUACCAUUCAUUUCAAUGAUAACACACAAAAGAAGGAUAAUGACAGAUUCUACAAAAUAAGAUGGAAGGACAACAAAGUUGUGACUCUAGUCACAAAUGAUGUCGGAGUUUAUCCUUUGGGUCUUAUUGAAAGAUAUGACAAGGCAUCAAAGAAGAAAGACCACUUUGAGUGCCCAGGCAUCAUCAAGAACUACAACGCAAACAUGGGAGGUAUCGACAAAAAUAACAUGUUGGUCCAUCUUUACAAAACGCCAAUGAAAUCAAAGCGUUGGUACAUGCGGCUCUUUGCUUAUGUUUUGGAUGUUGCUGUUGUGAAUGCAUGGCUUCUUUACUGUCGUGAUUGUAAAUCACUAAACAUGCCAUGCACACCACUGAAGCUAUUCAGGCUUGAGAUCUCUGUCACUGCAAGAUCCAAAGGACAAAAGGUCAACCGCACCAGCAUGAGACGAAGUCGAGAUUCACCCAGUACUUCUUUGGUUGACAGUAAUGACGAUUUGUCAAACGUGGAAUACCCAUCUGCAUUUCAGUACCAACGUGCAGAAAGGCCAGAUGACAGUGUGAGGCUGGAUAAACAGCUAGGUCACUGGCCAGUGCUAG